CAGCAGUAUUUGCCCGGACACCGGGCAGACUCAGCUGUCAUUCGUCUCCGUAUUAAAGAUGGCAGGAAACAAGUCUUACACUAUAGUAGAAUAUUUCGGCGGGGAUGACGGGUACCGCUGUGGUUACUGUAAAAACGAAAAGGGAAACUUUUCUCAUGGGAUGUGGUCUCACACCAUGACUGUACAGGACUACCAAGACCUCAUAGACAGAGGAUGGAGAAGAAGUGGGAAAUAUGUCUAUAAGCCCAUAAUGAACAAGACAUGCUGUCCACAGUAUACUAUCAGAUGUCAUGCACUGAAAUUCCAGCCUUCCAAAUCCCACAAGAAAAUCCUGAAGAAGAUCAGCAAAUUCAUUUCCAAAGGGGAAUUACCAAAAGGACAGGAUGAUGGGGAGCCAAUGGACUCGGUGUGUGAAGAAGCAGGUCCACGCGAACCGAGUAAAGUCUGUCACUCAGAAGUGAAGUGUGCUGCUGCCACAGACAUUCAGAAGGAAUUAGCAGAGUGUCCCGCUAUCUCAGAAGUUCAGAAGGAGGCAGAGGAAGCAACAUCUACCGGCCCAGAAACGUCAAGAAAGGAUCCAGUGUCUGUCCCAGACCGGAGAACAACAGCAACUGCUCCUAAACCAGGGGUGGGAGCUGAUGCUAGCCGGCCACCGUGUCGGAAGGCAAAAGACUUGAGGAAGGAGCGACGUCAUCAGAAAGAGCAGAUGAGACAUGACGCGGAUGGGGUCUCUUCCAUUGUGUCUCCUAGCCCACCCACACCAACACACAGCAACCAACCCAAACCUCUGGAAGAUUUCAUCAGUGAGUCAUUGCCUGACAACUCUUCUCAUUGCCUUGAGGUGAGGCUAGUGCGCUCCAAUCCCCCUAGCCCGCAGUUCAAAGCCUCUUUCAACGCCUCCUACCAGGUGUACAAACUCUACCAGAUGGCCAUUCACAAGGAUCCUCCUGACAAACCCUCCGAGAGCCAGGUGAGGCUAGUGCCGGUCAGCUUUGAGGACCCUCAGUUCACAGCAUCCUAUCAGCAAUCGGUGGCGCUGUACGCCCGUUACCAGAUGGCCAUUCAUGGUGAUGACCCCAGCGAUUGUAGUGAGAGUGAGUUCCGGAGAUUUCUCUGUGAUUCACCACUAGAGGCUGAAUAUUCUCCAGAUGGGCCCGAGGUGGGCUACGGCUCCUUCCACCAACAAUAUUGGCUGGAUGGGCGCAUAGUUGCGGUGGGCGUGAUCGAUAUCCUGCCUACCUGUGUGUCCUCUGUCUACCUGUACUACCACCCAGACUUUGCCUCACUGUCUCUGGGCUCCUAUUCUGCUCUCAGGGAGAUCGCAUUCACCAGGCAGCUGCAGAAACAGUCCCCCAAGUUGUCCUACUACUACCUGGGCUUUUACAUUCACUCCUGUCCCAAGAUGCGGUAUAAGGGGCAGUACCGGCCUUCAGACCUUCUGUGCCCAGAAACCUUUGUCUGGGUACCAAUAGAGCGAUGCAUUCCCCAGCUAGAGAACGCCCGCUAUGCCCGUUUCAACCAGGAUCCUGAUGCAGGAGAUGCUCGGGUGCUGAAGGACGUGGGCCGAGCCCUGGUGCUAUACAGACGGACCGUCAUGCCCUAUGCAGCCUACUCCCGCAAACGCAAAGGCUCCAGCGACGAGACGGAGGUGCAGCAGUACGCCAGCUUGGUUGGCCAGAACUGUGCUGAAAGGAUCUUGCUCUACCGCGCAUAAACAUACAGCAUGACACCACUGUACCUUUUUAAUAUACGUAAAUAGGCACUUCCCAGCCACAGCAGUCUGUCUGUCUCUGUUUAUGUAUGUCUGUGUCUUCUCACUGUCUGUGAAAGUGCUUUCUGCUGCCUCUCCCAGUAGUCUCACCAUGCUUAGAUCUACACAGGCUGGAACAAUGCAACUCACUGUCUACUGUAGAUAUCUUUUCACCCAUCAGCCUCAUUCAUCUGUUAUGUAUCAUUAAUGUACAUUUUCAUGUAUCAAUGAAUACCACAGCAUCCAGUCUCUGUUUAGUUCAGGUGCAUCUUUUUACAGGGACGCAUCCCUUGAAUGUUUUUUUGAUAAUGUGUGUUCAUCACUUUGCUUUUUUGCGCAAUACUCAAUCCUGAAUGCUUAAGUAAUGAUGUCAUAAAAGCACAUCUAACUACACACAGGUGACAGCUCUCCUAUGAACUGACACAGGUCAAGGCUUAUGUCAGAAUCUUGAAGAGCGUGUUCUCCUUUGAAUGUUCAAUGAUUAUGAAAGUGGUUUUCAGUUGCUUGCAUUAAAUCCCAAAACGAUCCCACAGCAUUGUAAAGAUUAUAAACGAAUAACUCAUUGUUUUUUGUCUGUUAUAUUUAUAGCUUAAUUUGCUUUUCUUUUAAUAUUGGCACUGUCGUUUUUGGUUAAAUUAAAUAAGGGGUUGUAUAUUCUCUGCUUAGA